CACUCAUCACUUCCGGUGUGGGUGAAGUGGGAACGUUCAAUUCUGUACACACGAGGUUCGGGGGUUUCUGAGGAGUUACCAUGGAAACCCGGGUGGCAGCCACACAGCCCCCCGCCAAAAAAAUGGUGACCCCAACAGUGACGCAGAUGAACGCGGAGUUUGUCACCCAGCUGGCCAAAUCCUAUUGGGCUCCCCAUUCAAAGAAGAAACUCCCUUUUGAUUAUAAGGUUAUAGAAGAUAUAUAUAACAAGGAAAUUCUCAAAUCUCGAUUUGCUAUAAGGAAGAUAAUGCUUUUAGAAUUUAGUCAAUACUUGGAAAACUAUCUGUGGUUGAAUUACUCACCUAAAGUAUCAAGUAAAGCCUAUCUUAUGUCCAUUUGCUGUAUGGUAAAUGAAAAAUUUCGAGAGAAUGUUCCUGCCUGGGAGACCUUCAAGAAGAAGCCUGAGCAGUUCCCCUUUUUCUUCAAGUGUAUUAGAGAGGCAUCUGUGGCUGAAGAAUCAGAAAAUGACUUCUCUUUGCACGAGCGCACAAUCUUGCUCCUCUUCUUAGAUCAUUGCUUCAACAGCCUGGAAGUUGAUCUAAUCCGUGGACAGAUACAGCAACUGAUAUCCCUGCCUAUGUGGAUCUGCCUGCGGCCUACUCGACUGGAGCAGGAAUUAAAGAAAACCACAAAGUUGAAAAAGUUCUGGAACCUUAUAAAGAAAACCGAUGAGAAAAUGGAUGAAAAAGCAGGUGAACUAGCCACCCAGGAAAGAAAGUUUUUAUGGCAUCUUAUACAGAGGUUCCUUUCUGUGCUCCAGUCAAUUCCAGCAACAGGUCCUGUCUCCAUGGAGAAAAUACAUUACUGUGAGCGUCUCAUAGAACUUAUGAUUGACCUUGAGGCUUUACUUCCCACACGUCGCUGGUUUAAUACAGUGCUGGAUGACUCCCACCUUGUAGUUCAUUGCUACUUAUCCAACCUCUGCAAGAGAGAACAAGAAGGACACCUAUUUUCUCAGCUCUUGGACAUGUUAAAAUUUUACACUGGCUUUGAAAUUAAUGACCAGACGGGAAAUGCUCUCACAGAGUAUGAGAUGACUACAAUUCAUUAUGACCAUAUCACCUCACUGCAGAGAGCAGCUUUUGCUCACUUCCCAGAGCUCUACACUUUUGCACUUUCCAAUGUGGCGGCUGUGGAUACUCGGGAAUCCCUUACAAAGUGCUUUGGAUCACUGAGCCCGAACACACUCCACCAAGUGGCUUCAUACCUCUGUUUAUUGCCAACCUUGGCUGAAGGAGAAAAUACGAAAUAUGACAAUGAGUUUCUGUUGGAGUUGCUGGUAUCCCGUCAUGAGCGACGGAUCUCUCAAAUCCAGCAGCUGAACCAGAUGCCCUUAUAUCCCACAGAGAAGAUCAUAUGGGAUGAGAACAUUGUGCCCACAGAGUACUAUUCUGGGGAAGGGUGUCUGGCAUUGCCAAAGUUGAAUCUGCAGUUUCUAACUCUACAUGACUACCUUCUUCGCAAUUUUAAUCUCUUCCGAUUGGAGUCUACAUAUGAGAUUCGCCAAGAUAUCGAAGACAUUGUGUGCCGGCUGAAGCCUUGGCAAUCUGAAUAUGGUGGCGUGGUGUUUGGGGGAUGGGCUCGCAUGGCCCAGCCCAUUGUUGCUUUCUCAGUGGUGGAAGUGGCAAAGCCAAAUAUUGGAGAGGAUUGGCCGACUAGAGUUCGAGCUGACAUCACAAUCAACUUGAACGUCAGAGACCAGAUAAAGGAUGAAUGGGAAGGUCUCCGGAAACAUGAUGUCUGUUUCCUGAUCACUCUGCGGCCCAUGUUACUAUAUGGCACAAAGAUUGAUAGGAGACAAUCUAUUGUCGAGCAAACUGGUCUGAUGUACGUACGGGGUUGUGAGAUUCAAGGCAUGCUGGAUGAAAAGGGACGAGUCAUUGAGGAAGGACCUGAACCUAAACCUAAACUUAAGGGAGAUACAAGGACAUACCGGGUGUUUCUUGACCCCAAUCAGUAUCAGCAAGACAUGACAAACACCAUUCAGAAUGGGGCUGAGGAUGUGUAUGAAACCUUUAAUGUGAUCAUGAGGAGAAAACCAAAAGAAAAUAACUUUAAGGCAGUGCUGGAGACCAUCAGGAAACUCAUGAACACAGACUGCGUGGUGCCUGACUGGCUUCAUGAUAUUAUAUUGGGGUAUGGUGAUCCAGGAAGUGCCCAUUACUCAAAAAUGCCAAAUCAGAUCCCUACACUGGAUUUCAAUGAUACCUUUCUGAGCCUGGACCACCUUAAGGCUUGUUUUCCAGGGUAUCAGGUAAAGGUCACUGUGGAAGACCCAUCCUUGCACAAGGCCCCUUUCAGGAUUACAUUUCCUGUCUAUGGGGGGAAGGGGAAAAAACGAAAAGACGACAGUGAAGAAGGAACCAUACAAGAUGAGCCACCCACACUGAUUGUGGAGCCUCAUGUUAUUCCCAACCGUGGUCCCUACCCGUACAACCAGCCUAAGCGGAAUACCAUCCAGUUCACUGCAACACAGACAGAAGCUAUUCGUGCAGGAAUGCAACCUGGACUUACUAUGGUUGUCGGGCCUCCUGGGACGGGCAAAACAGACGUAGCCGUUCAGAUUAUUUCCAAUCUUUAUCACAAUUUCCCUGAGCAGAGGACUCUUAUUGUCACUCAUUCUAACCAGGCGCUCAACCAGCUGUUUGAGAAGAUUAUGGCUCUAGAUAUUGACGAGAGGCACCUCCUGCGUCUGGGGCACGGAGAGGAGGAGCUGGAGACUGAGAAGGAUUUUAGCAGGUAUGGGCGAGUUAAUUAUGUGCUGGCACGGAGACUGGAGUUACUGAAUGAAGUCGGACGUCUACAGGAAAGUCUAGGGGUUCCCGGGGAUGUGUCCUAUACAUGUGAGACAGCUGGCCACUUCUUUUUGUACCAGAUAAUGUCACGAUGGGAGGCUUACCAGAGCAAGAUGAAGACCAAAUCAUCCCAAGCCCCUGAUGUCGGUGACAUUGCCAAAUUCUUUCCUUUCCACCAAUACUUUUCCAACGCACCCCAACCUAUAUUUAAAGGACGUUUUUAUCAGGAGGAUAUGGAGAUUGCUGAAGGAUGUUUUAGACAUAUAAAAAAAAUAUUCACUCAGCUGGAGGAAUUCCGGGCCUUUGAGUUGCUGCGCAGUGGUCUGGAUCGUUCAAAGUAUCUCCUUGUAAAGGAAGCCAAGAUCAUUGCCAUGACAUGUACCCAUGCAGCUCUAAAACGUCAUGACCUCGUGGAUCUAGGUUUCAAGUAUGAUAACAUCCUGAUGGAAGAAGCUGCACAGAUCCUAGAAAUUGAGACCUUCAUUCCUCUCCUCCUGCAGAACCCAGAAGAUGGUUUCAGUCGGUUGAAGCGAUGGAUCAUGAUUGGAGACCAUCACCAAUUGCCACCUGUAAUCAAGAACAUGGCCUUCCAGAAAUACUCAAACAUGGAGCAGUCACUCUUCACGCGGUUUGUUAGGCUUGGUGUGCCAACUGUGGACCUCGAUGCCCAAGGAAGAGCCAGAGCAAGUUUGUGCAAUCUCUAUAACUGGCGGUACAAGAGUUUGGGGAACCUACCUCAUGUGCAACUGCUGCCUGCAUUCAGAGCUGCCAAUGCUGGAUUCCUGUAUGACUUCCAACUUAUAAACGUCGAAGACUUUAAUGGAGUAGGGGAGUCUGAGCCCAAUCCCUAUUUUUACCAGAAUCUUGCUGAGGCGGAGUAUGCAGUUGCCUUGUUCAUGUAUAUGCGUCUGCUUGGAUAUCCUGCUAAUCGUAUCAGCAUCCUGACCACAUACAACGGACAGAAACAUCUUAUUCGUGACAUCAUCAACCAGCGCUGUGGCAAGAACCCUGUGAUUGGCCAGCCUAGUAAGGUCACCACUGUGGACAGAUUCCAGGGACAACAGAAUGACUAUAUUAUCUUGUCACUUGUCAGAACCAAGGCUGUGGGUCACCUGAGGGAUGUGAGGCGUUUAGUUGUUGCUAUGUCCAGAGCUCGACUUGGACUCUACAUAUUUGCUCGAGCCUCUCUGUUCCAGAAUUGUUUUGAGCUGACCCCUGCGUUCAGACAACUGACCGCCCGCCCUCUGCGACUCCACAUUGUACCAGGAGAAUCUUUCCCAACACAGAGGAGGAAUGGAGAUGUACCACCCUACCCAGCCCAAGUUAUCAAGAACAUGCCAGAGAUGGCAGCAUAUGUGUACAAUAUGUAUAUGCACAUGAUGCAAAGCAGUCAGCAGUAUCAGUACCACCAGGGCCUCCUGCCUCCGCCGGCUUCAACAAGAGAACCAGACUUUGCCCCUUCUCAGGAAGAGGAGAUGGAAGUGGAAGAGAGUACAUCCCAAAAAAAUGAAGCCGAGUCCAAGAGCCCUGAUCUAGAGUCAAAUGCAACAGCAGAUCCUACACAAGGAGAAGAGAAAGAAAAGACGCUCUCUGGAAAUGAAGACAAGCAGGAGACUGCAAGUACAGAACAGGUAGCAUCAGAAGAAAAGACUGAUCCCAGCAGGCAGAGCGAACCAUCAGAAACACCCGAUAGAAUAUCAGGAACAGAGGAAGAAGUGAGCGAGCCGGGGCCACAGAUGGAAGUGGAUUCAUCAGAAGAAACCGCAGAAAACACAGGUCAUGGAAAUAAUGAGCCAGGAGAGGAUGGCACAGAACCUCAAAAGAUGCCAGAUCAUCCAGGAAGGGAUAGUGACAGCGAAUACAGUGAAGACGAGGGGACAGGAGACUAGAGUACCAUGUCAUGGCAUCUGGUUCUUGAUCCACUCAGCAGCCUUAUGGGAAUCAUCAUAUACGUUGUAUGAAAGCGCACCGACGUGUGGUCACCUACUAUGUAAUCUGCGGAAGCUUCUGAUUUUUUUGUCCCCAUUUAUAGUCAUACUCAGAAGCUUUCCGUCAGGUAUUGGCCAAAUCUGAAGUCAAAUCCUUAUGGUCUGAAGGAGAUGCUGAAAGGGAUUAAUGGUUAAUUUAUGUGCUAGAGCAGGAGUCCUCAUAGGAAUAGGCACAUGUCUAUAAGAUUAAUAUGAGCUCAUUCCUUCUUUAGUAUGCCGGCCAAAAAAGGGUUAUUGUGUGUUUUGUCCAUGCUCACAGCUGCAAAACAAAAUGGGGUGGACAUGCAUGAUUCACAAUGAAUUUCUAGUCCACCCAAACCAUGGAAACUUUUCGUUUUUUUUUUUUGUAAACUUGGCAGUAAAGUUUAUUUUGUACAAAAUUGUCUCCUUGACUAUUUUUCUAUCUGCUUUGGAGUGGAGAUGGAAUACAGCCUGCAGAAUAAAUUCUAACGUGUGCUGCGGCUUACACAUGUAGCAAAACUCUAUUUGACUUAAAGGGGUUAUCCAGGGAAAAACUUUUUUUUAUAUAUCAACUGGCUCCAGAA